AUGGAUGUUGUACCCGAGCGGAUCUCGGAAGAGGAAGAAAAGCAAACCUUGGAUAACAUUAUGGAGACGGGUAGCAGUAGUACAUGUACUGCGGCAAGCAGCCCACCCAAGAAAAAGAAAAGCAGCCUUCACGACAGCACUGCCUGUGAGACAAUGGCAGAUUCCUACCAUAUGGGACUGGAGAGUGAAGCAGAGCAAAGACAAUCACAGGAGCAAGGAGACAACCAAAGGUCCAAAAAUGGGUGCCUCAUUCGUACAGGAGCGCUCAUGACGUUUGUGCUGGUGGUGGUAGCAGCAUCCGUCUUGCUGGAACCGGUGAUUUGGCAAGGCUCCGCCGUUUCUCCUCGUUACUACGAGCAAAUCAUUGAAAGGUUUGAUGACAGUCUAUCAGAAGAAACCAGGGAGAGGAUAGAUUCAGAUCCAGACUCGCCACAGGCCAAAGCAUACGAAUGGACGUUGGAUGAUCCGGGAUUUUUUGAAUACCCCAACUGGAGGCAACGCCAACGAUUUGCGCUUGCCACCAUCUACUUUGCCUUGAAUGGACCCUCCUGGAGAUUUGAGGACGAGAGCAAGGACUGGCUGUCACAUGACAAAUCCGAAUGCGAGUGGCAGCAAUAUGGGGACGACAACAGUCCCUGUCGAAAAGAUACGGACGUCUUGGAACGGCUCAUCUUGUACAAUAUCAAGCAGUUUCAAGGCAACCUACCUCCUGAGGUCAGCCUGUUGUUUGGUCUGGAAGAAAUCUCCAUUUUGGAAAUAACGACGACGAGCCUCUCUGUCAACCUGACCAGCUUUCUCCCGUGGGAGGAUCUUGCCAACAUGGAGGGCUUGAAACGGUUGGACCUUUCUAGCACUGACAUGCACGGCUCCUUGAUCCCUGGUCCGUCCAUUGGACUGUUGAGUUCUUUGGAAGAACUCAACUUGUCCGACGGAUCCUUGAGCGGAACCAUUCCCGAAGAGCUAUCUCUGUUGACCAACGCCAAGAUCAUUGACCUGCGAAACAAUCAAUUGCAAGGCAAUGUUCCAGAAGCAUUCUGCUCCAUGCCCAAUCUAGUUGAAUUGAGGCUCGAUAAUAACCCGCUGGAAGGCGAGAUUCCCACCUGCUUCCAAUCGCUUCCCGACCUGAUCGUUAGUCAUGAUGGUACAGAGUUGCUGAUGCCAUAG